GAGGUUGGCAAAAAGCAGCCUGCCCUUGAUGUUCUCUAUGAUGUUAUGAAAAGUAAAAAACACCGAACAUGGCAGAAAAUCCACGAGCCAAUUAUGCUGAAGUACCUGGAACUCUGUGUGGAUCUCCGCAAGAGUCAUCUGGCAAAAGAAGGACUCUACCAGUACAAGAACAUUUGCCAGCAGGUGAACAUCAAAUCUUUGGAAGAUGUUGUUCGAGCCUAUUUAAAAUUAGCUGAAGAAAAAACAGAAGCAGCUAAGGAAGAAUCCCAGCAGAUGGUAUUGGACAUAGAAGACUUAGAUAACAUUCAGACUCCAGAAAGUGUUCUUUUGAGUGCUGUAAGUGGAGAAGACACUCAGGAUCGUACUGACCGACUGCUUUUGACACCCUGGGUUAAAUUUCUGUGGGAAUCGUAUAGACAGUGUUUGGAUCUUCUCCGAAAUAAUUCUCGAGUGGAACGCCUGUACCAUGAUAUUGCACAGCAAGCUUUUAAGUUCUGCCUGCAGUACACACGUAAAGCUGAGUUCCGUAAACUCUGUGAUAACCUGCGAAUGCAUUUGGGGCAGAUCCAGCGUCAUCAUAACCAAAGCACAGCAAUCAACCUCAACAAUCCCGAGAGUCAGUCAAUGCACCUGGAGACCAGGCUUGUGCAGCUGGACAGUGCUAUUAGCAUGGAGCUGUGGCAGGAAGCUUUCAAAGCAGUGGAGGAUAUUCAUGGGCUAUUUGCACUGUCUAAGAAGCCACCCAAACCACAACUGAUGGCAAAUUACUAUCACAAAGUUUCAACUGUCUUUUGGAAAUCAGGAAAUGCUCUUUUUCAUGCAUCCACACUUCACCGACUUUAUCACCUAUCAAGAGAAAUGCGAAAGAAUCUCACGCAAGAGGAGAUGCAGAGGAUGUCUACCCGAGUCCUUUUGGCCACUCUGUCAAUUCCUAUAACUCCCGAGAGAACUGACAUUGCUCGCCUUCUGGACAUGGAUGGCAUCAUUGUUGAGAAGCAGCGACGUCUGGCAACCCUGCUGGGUCUUCAGGCCCCACCUACACGUGGCAGUCUCAUUAAUGAUAUGGUAAGGUUCAACGUAGUGCAGUAUGUUGUUCCAGAAGUGAAAGAACUUUACAAUUGGCUUGAAGUAGACUUUCACCCGCUGAAGUUAUGUAGCCGUGUCAGCAAGGUUCUGAAUUGGGUGAAAGACCAAGCUGAAAAAGAACCUGAACUGCAGCUGUAUGUUCCUCACCUGCAAAACAAUACCAUUCUUCGCCUUCUGCAGCAGGUGGCCCAGAUUUAUCAAAGCAUUGAAUUUUCUCGUCUGGCUACCCUGGUUCCUUUUGUUGAUGCUUUCCAGCUGGAACGUAAUAUCGUCGAUGCAGCCAGACAUUGUGACUUACAAGUUCGACUUGAUCAUACUACACGAACACUGAGUUUUGGCUCAGAUUUGAAUUACAGUACUAGAGAAGAUGCUCCACUAGGCCCUCAACUACAAAGCAUGCCUUCUGAGCAAAUAAGAAAUCAACUGACUGCUAUGUCCUCCGCUCUGGCUAAGGCUCUUGCAGUCAUUAAGCCUCCUCACUUACUGCAAGAGAAGGAAGAACAACAUCAGCUGGCAGUCACUGCCUUCCUAAAAAAUUCAAGGAAGGAGCAUCAGCGUAUUCUUGCACGUCGUCAAACUAUAGAGGAAAGAAAGGAGCGCCUUGAAAGUUUAAACAUUCAGCGUGAAAAAGAAGAACUGGAACAACGCGAAGCAGAAUUACAGAAAGUCCGGAAAGCUGAAGAAGAGAGACUACGCCAGGAGGCAAAGGAAAGAGAGAAGGAGCGUAUCCUGCAAGAGCAUGAACAAAUCAAAAAGAAGACCGUUCGUGAGCGCUUGGAGCAGAUUAAGAAGACUGAACUGGGAGCAAAAGCAUUUAAAGAUAUUGAUAUUGAGGACCUUGAAGAAUUGGAUCCUGACUUCAUUAUGGCUAAACAAGUUGAACAGCUUGAAAAAGAAAAGAAGGAACUUCAGGAACGUCUGAAGAAUCAGGAGAAAAAGAUUGACUAUUUUGAAAGAGCGAAGCGCUUAGAAGAAAUUCCUUUAAUAAAGACUGCAUAUGAGGAGCAAAGAGUGCAUGACAUGGAGCUGUGGGAGCAACAGGAGGAAGAAAGGAUCACCACUUUGCAGUUGGAGCGCGAGAAAGCCCUUGAGCACAAGAACAGACUCUCGAGGAUGUUGGAGGAUAGAGAUUUAUUUGAAGCCAGGCUCAAAGCAUCACGACGAACAGUUUAUGAGGAUAAACUCAAGCAGUUCCAGGAGCGGUUAGCAGAAGAGAGGCGUAAUCGUUUGGAAGAGCGCAAGAAGCAACGCAAAGAGGAGAGACGCAUUACUUACUACAGAGAGAAGGAGGAAGAAGAGCAAAGAUUACGAGAAGAACAGCUGCUUAAAGAGCGUGAGGAAAAAGAACGCAUUGAGCGUGAGAAACGUGAGCAGGAGCAGCGUGAAUACCAGGAGCGUGUCAAAAAACUAGAAGAACUGGAGAAGAAAAAGCUUCAAAGAGAAAUGGAGAAAGAGCGUCGUCGAGAAGAAGAAAGGAGAGGUCUGGAUGACCCAUUUUCGAGAAAGGAGUCUCGGUGGGGAGAUAGGGAGUCUGAAAGCUCCUGGAGAAGAGGUGGUGAGGCAGAAUCUGAAUGGCGGCGAGCACCACUGGAAAGAGAUUGGCGUCGAGGAGAAGCAAGAGAAGAUGAAAGACCUUUCCGACGAGGGGAUGAUCUUCCGCGACGAGGGGAUGAUCUUCCGCGACGAGGGGAUGAUCUUCCGCGACGAGGGGAUGAUCUUCCGCGACGUGGUGCUGCAGAAGAAAAGGAACGUCCUUCUGUGGAGUCAACGGAGGACAGGCCACCUAGGCAUGAAGGAGAUGAGGACAGGCCACCUAGGCGUGAAGGGGAUGAUGACAGGCCGCCCAGACGUGGAUUGGAUGAUGACAGGCCGCCCAGACGUGGUUUAGAUGAUGAUAGAGCGAGUUGGCGGGCUGCAGAGGACGACAGGGGUCCCAGGCGUGGAAUGGAUGACGACCGGCCACCAAGACGUGCUUUGGAUGACGACCGGCCACCAAGACGUGCUUUGGAUGACGACCGGCCACCAAGACGGGGCCUUGAGGUAGAUGACGACAGGGGUCCCAGGCGGGGGAUGGAUGACGACAGGGGUCCCAGGCGGGGGAUGGAUGACGACAGGGGUCCCAGGCGCGGGAUGGAUGACGACAGGAUGUCAAGGCGUGAUGAUGACAGGGGACCAUGGCGUAGCGCAGAUGAUGACAGGCUCUCCAGACGAGAUGAUGACAGGGGUCCGUGGCGUGGCAGCGAUGACUCGAGGCCAGGUCCUUGGAGACCAUUUGGCAAACCAGGGGGAUGGAGAGAACGAGAAAAGGCUCGUGAGGAUAGCUGGGGGCCUCCCCGAGAGUCCAGACCUCCAGGAGACCGCGAAUGGGAUAGAGACAAAGAUCGUGAUGAAAAUGAGAAAGACCGUGAAUUUGACAGAGAGAGAGAUUUUGAUCGAGAUGAUCGUUUCAGGCGUCCCAGGGAUGAUGCUGGCUGGAGAAGAGGGCCAGCCGAGGAAACUUCCAGCUGGAGAGAUUCGGGUCGUCGUGAGGAGUGGGACAGAGGUGGUCGCGACCUGAGGGAUCGACGUGCUGAUGACAGAGAUCCACCCCCCAGAAGAGGACCGCCGCUCAGAUCUGACCGUGAAGAACCAAGCUCAUGGCGGCGUGCUGAUGAUAGGAAUGAAGAGCGUGGAGAAGAACGUGAAGCAGUUCGGCGCUCAGCUCCUGCUCCUGCUGCUCCUCCAGCUUCUGCUCCCCCACCAGCAUCGAAAGAUCGAGAAAGAGAUGGGGAGAAGGAGAAGGGCUCCUGGAAAACGGAAAAGGAGCGUGAGCCCCUUCGCCGUACUAAGAAUGAGACAGAUGAAGAGGGGUGGACCACUGUACGACGUUAAGUGAAAAUCACAGUUUAACCAAUGUUUUAGCUUUGAUUUGAUCGAAUCCACGGAUUAUAUUUGUGCUUAUAAACAUUCUGAAUUGGAAUUCUUUAACAAAUGUUUUGAGGUAACAUGAAAGCAUGAGCUUGAAUUACUUACUCGUAUAGAUUGAUCAUGCACAAAACUCACAGCAGAAGGUUGGAAAUUGAAUGCCAGUUUUUGAAAUUUCAAAUGAUGCUUAUUUCAUGGGUCAUUUGUUGCUAAAAUAAAAAGAAGCAAGCCCAACAGCUGUCUUGAGAAAUGCUUCUGUCUCGCACCGAAACAGGCUGACCUUUUUAUUUUUAGUCCUUCUUAAUUUGGAAUGGGGUAUUAUCGUCACAGAACAUGCAUUUGAAAACACCUCUGUUCACACAGUGGAAUUACUGAAAAAGCAGAGAUAAAUCAAUUUCCAUAAUCAGCUGAAAAACUAGAAAAAAAUAUAAAAGCCCUCUUUUACAUAAGUAUCUUUGAGGGCAGGCAGUUUCCGAGAGAUAUAUUUUAUCACUGUCUAAAUUCAGUAAAUUGUUUAAAUUGGAAUUAAAUACAGUAAGCAUUAUGAGCAUUAGCUACACUGGGAUAUUUUCGGUAGAUUUACUUGAACACGUAACGCCUAUGAGGCCAUUUUGCAGUCAUUGUUCCAGUAAUGUAUACUGCUGCAGUGUACAACCACAGAACUUCAAGCUUUUACGAUUUAAGUGUUUUGGUAAGCACAUGGCUCUGUAUUUUCUGUUGCAAAUAUCACAGCUGCUUUUUCCAUUACUGGAUAAUUCAUGCCUUUCAAGGAUUUAUAAAUAUUGUCAUAUUUAAAAUGUGUGGUUUUGGAGAAAUUGUUGACUUUUCCCCCCGGUUCUUUGUCUUCAGGGUCAAUUCUUUCCCUUUCCAAAAAAGUGAUUUGUAGUAAUGGCUGUGUUGACUUCAAUUUUGGGGUGCGGUAACAACUAUUAACUAUCUGGUCAUACCGAAGCCAACACAGAACUUGCUGCUGUGUGUUUCUUCAACGAUAAAUAAACAACUUAAGGAA